GGUGCUUUUCGAUCGGGUUUUAUAAGGAGAUCUCUGUUGGAUCUCCUUCACUGCGCUCCGCCCGGUGCUUGAGGACAGAAGAUGCCCAGGCAGCUCCUCUGCCCAGUGUUCUGCUCGUCACUGUGGUUGGCACUGAUACUCCAGUCUCUCAUUCCCUCCGCCGCUACAUACAGGAGACCAGUGUCCGGAGGGAAGAGACAGAGCUUUCUGGAGAGGACCUUAAUUUUACUGGACGUCAAUACUCGAAGCCCGGUCAAAGUUUUGAAUGACAACUUCCUCUCGUUGCAGUUGGACCCAUCUAUCGUAAAGGAUGGCUGGCUGGACUUCUUAAGCUCCAAGCGGUUAGUCACUCUGGCACGGGGACUCUCUCCAGCUUAUUUGAGGUUUGGGGGCAAACGGACUGACUUCCUCCAGUUUCACAACCUGAAGAACCUUGCAAAGUUUAGAGGGCCUGGACCGGACUAUUACCUGAAAAACUACGAAGAUGACAUAGUGCGGAGUGACUUCGCCCUGGACAAACAGAAGGGCUGCAAGCUGGCCAGCCACCCGGAAAUGAUGCUGGAACUCCAGCGGGAAAAAGCGGCUCAGAUGCAACAGGUGUUGUUGAAAGAACAGCUCUCCAACAUCUACAGCGAUGUAACAUUAACAGCCAGGUCUUUAGACAAACUCUACAACUUUGCCGACUGCGCAGGACUGCACCUGAUCUUUGGGCUGAAUGCCUUGCAUAGAAACCCUGACAACUCGUGGAACGCUUCCAGUGCUCUGAGCCUGCUCAAAUACAGCGCCGGCAAAAAAUACAACAUCUCCUGGGAGCUCGGCAAUGAGCCCAACAGUUACCGCACAAUGGCUUCUCGUUCAGUCAACAGCUCUCGUCUGGCUCAGGAUUACACUCUUCUGAGGACGUUACUGCAAUCGGUGCGUUUCUACAGCCGAGCAAACCUCUAUGGGCCCAACGUCGGCCAUCCUCGUAAAAACGCAAUCCUUUUACUAGACGGGUUUAUGAAAAACGGUGGUUCUGUGGUCGACGCAGUAACGUGGCAACAUUACUACAUUGACAGGCGGGUGACCAAAGUGGAAGACUUUAUGAAGACGAGACUUCUGGACACCCUGUCUGAGCAGAUUACCAAGGUGUUAAAGAUUGUUAAAACUCAUGCUCCUGAGAAGAGUGUGUGGCUGGGUGGAGUUGGUCCGGCUUGGGCAGGGGGCACCAAUAAUUUGUCCGACACAUUUGCUGCUGGUUUUCUAUGGCUCAACACUCUUGGCAUCGCUGCAGCUCAUGGGAUUGAUGUUGUACUCCGACAUUCUUUCUUUGAUUACGGAUACAAUCACCUCGUCGACCAGAACUUCAACCCUUUACCUGAUUACUGGUUAUCUCUGCUCUUUAAACAUCUGGUGGGCCCCAGGGUGCUCGGGGUGCACGUCGCAGGACUCCAGAGGAAACCCCGACCUGGACGGGUGAUCCGAGACAAACUCCGCAUCUAUGCUCACUGCACCAGCUUUCACAAUCACGAUUAUGUCAGAGGGUCCAUAACAAUCUACAUCAUCAACCUGCAUCGAUCACGGAAGAAAAUCAAGCUGGCCGGGACUUUACGAAAUAAAACUGUUCACCAGUACCUGCUACAGCCCUUCGGCACUGGUGGACUUCACUCCAUGUCUGUGCAGCUGAACGGAGAGCACUUGCGUAUGGUGGACAAUGAGACGUUCCCUGAGCUGAAGCCACGGACGCUCAGGGCGGGAAGAACGAUAGCUAUGCCGCCUGUUUCAAUCGGCUUCUACGUCAUCAAGAACAUUAACGCUUACGCCUGCCGUAGAUAACACACACUGACCGACCUCAGACGAUCUUCUGCUCAAUGCACCAGCUCCUCAUGGCCUUCUCUUUUAGUAAGCCCACAGAGACGUGGAAAAGACCCCUUCGUUCAAGCAAGGGCUGCACUGAAUGCUUCCUACAACCUUUUCUCCUCUCUUUUUCCGCACAAGAGCAGCUUGACUUGUGGAAAGUGAAUGUAUAUUGGCUGCCGUUUUGUGUUUUUGUUGUUUUUGGUGUCAGGAGCAUAUAAUGAAGUCUCUGGCCCUGUUGGACGAUCGGAUCACAAAUGCAAGUGUAAACGGGGUCUAAAACGUUUAGUGUCCACUUUCAACCACUUCCAGUGGUAUAGUGUAAGCGUGUAAGCGUAGUGUAAGCGCUCAUGUGGUUGAAUGCAUUCGAACAUCCACAAAAGACUGCCUUCUGACCUAAUGCGUAAACAUGGGAAGCGCACUAGACAGAUAGGAUUGAAACUUUGUCGGAUGAAGACCCAUGUUUGGUUUGAAGCCGAAAAAUGAACCAAGCACAAUGUUCU